GUUGCCCUCAUGUUUGGCUUGUCGAGGGCGGUCACGUUCGACAUCUUGUGGCAAGUGAUCGAUGCCAUCAACGAGACGCCUGCGAUUGGGGCAUUUGACUUCCCCCUGACCGAGGAAGGCUGCAUGCGAAACGCCAACAGAUUCAAGGAGAAGAGCACCGAUGGCAUUUUCUCCUGGGUCGUCGCCGCCGUGGAUGGUCUGUUCAUCAAGGCCAAGGCUCCGUAUGCGAAAGACACCGCCAACGUCCUCGCGUACUACUCUGGCAGCAAGUCCGCGUACGGCAUCAACGUACAAGCGAUGUGCACCGCCGACUACCGGUUUUGCGCGAUGUCGGCGAUCUCACCAGGCUCUACGAACGACUGGGUAGCAUGGAAUCGAUCUUCCCUCGCCAAGGCCGUCGCCCGCUUGCCCACCGGAUUUCACAUCAUUGGUGACGCCGCCUACCCCAUCGGAGAAAAGCUUCUGACUCCGUACCCUGGGAGGCUCCUGCCGGCGGGUGAGGACUCGUUCAACUUCCACCUGAGCCAGCUUCGUGUCAAGAUCGAGCAGAGCUUCGGCAUCCUGGUUUCGACUUGGGGCAUUCUGUGGAGACCUCUCCGCGUGCAGUUCGCAGGACGCGCGGAUCUCAUCACGGCUCUUUUCCAUCUGCACAACUUCCUGCAAGACGAGAAGGUAUCGCCGAUCCAGGUUGCAGAGGAGGACUCGCGCAGCGGACGCAACCGGCCGGCCCUCUGUGCUACGCAGCGCACCUUGCCGGAUGGCUGGCAAACGGAGCAGCCGGCUCCUUCGAGGAGCGGUGAGACCCCGGCCCGAGCGGCUAUCCGCACGGCCCUGGAGUUGAAGAAGCAGUGGAGGCCGGACUACAACCGCCGGAGGAAUUCGUAAGCACGUAUCCAGCCCGGCGGCAUCGUGUCGCGCGCGCACAAGCGGGAAGUGGGGACGGGUCUACAUAGGGGCGGAUGGGGGCGGAUGGGGAGGAAGGUCGCUACUACAAGCGGGCGAGAGGCGCGGCGGGGGGCAAGGGGGGUGGGGGUGGGGCGCGCGGGGAUGCGAUUCUUCCCGUGGCGGAUACCUCAAUGUAGAGGGCGGAGGGCGCUGGAAGGACGUGUUUUGGGUGUUGGUGGUAGGGUGUCGGCGCAUCCCGGGGAGAGGUGGGGGGUGUGAUGUGUGACAUGUUGAUUCUCGCUGACAUGUUUUGUGGGUGUCGGUGUGGAGCGUUCUGACCAGAUGUGUCCUGGUACACUUGGUUCGUAUUGUGUGUGUUCGUGCCGGCAACACUUUAUGGUUAACAUGCAUCGUGUGCGGAUGAAAGCGGGGUCCUGUGGGUCUUGGAGGGUGCUUGUUUUGCCUAGGGCAUUAAAAAUGUGGGCAUGUUCGACUUUUUUUUCCUAAUUGAUAGGAGGGUGUGAAUCGAAAACGUUGUUGUCGUUGAUACAACUUUUAAUGAUGUCUCUGCAUCCCUGUAUUAAAUAUUCGUCGCGUGGGUGAAACAUUGCUCCAGGUUGCAGACCUGAAGGAGACCCACACACACGCUAAAAAUUGGGGUCUUGUCGAAUCCCAUCGCGAACACAUUCCUGCGCUUCAAGUGAGCAUGCGCGGAGAUGGGAAAAAUUGCAAGGCUCCAAAAUUGCGGAAUCAAAGCGUGCCUCAGAGUUCCCGCCAACACCC